CUAAAUGGAAAUUAAAAGCGCUCAGUUGCUUAUUUUACCCCUCGUAAAUAAAGAAUUGUAAUUGUAAGCCUGUUCAGUACUUCAAAUAUACUUAAAUGCUUGGACCUACAAAAUGCUGAAGAAUGGAAACAAAUCGCCAGAUCAUCAAGGCGCAACUCUAAUGCACACGACGCAUGCUCUCGUCUUGACGGCGGUUCAAAAUGACGAGGGUCGAAUCUCAGGGGGGAGUAAUCUAUCGGUACACCGUGCGCAAUCGAUCCCAAACUAGUGGGUGUCAUGGAAACUGGAUUUGCGGAAACUUGUGAUGCAGCUGGAAUCUCCCGUGGUGACGGUCAUGUGACUGAAUCUUAAUGGCGCGUGAAGUCACGCUGAGGAAUCAGAGCGAGCAGAUUACAUCAGAUUACGCAGCUAUAAAUCCGAUCAACCAACGAUUCGAUCAUUGAUUCAAUGGGGGAAAAAUUAGGAAUAUCAUCUCUAUCAAGUGAAGGAUGUUUCCACAUGUAACAUCAUGGUGGUUUUUGAUUAUUCAUCAGAACUUGCUUUACCAGUGACCUGAUUCAGCUAAACUGUGAACUGAUGCAUACAUGUGGUUUUGGCUAUUUGGGAAGAAUUUUGAUUUAAAAGGAAGCCUGAGUGAACUGCUCUUCAAACUAUUGGCACUAUUGUGGAUUUAUCUUAAAUUUUCCAUUAAUUUAGUGCUUGAGCAGCUACUUUAAAAAAUGAUGAACAAACCAGACUUUGAUGUGGAUUCUAUUAUAAGCCAGCUUUUAGCUGUAAAAGACCAACCAGGAAAGCAGGUACAGCUACCAGAGACUCAAAUUCGACAGCUAUGCCAAUUAUCGCGAAGCAUCUUUUUGGAGCAACCCAUGCUAGUAGAACUGGAGGCACCUGUCAACAUUUGUGGUGAUAUCCAUGGGCAGUAUAGUGACCUGUUACGCCAUUUUGAGAUGUGUGGAUACCCACCACAGUGCAACUACCUUUUCCUCGGAGAUUAUGUUGACAGGACUCUUUUAUUGCAGGGGCAAGAGAUCACUUGAAACCAUUUGCCUUGUGCUGGCUUAUAAGAUUAAAUACCCCAACAAUUUUUUCCUUCUGCGAGGGAAUCAUGAAUGUGCAUCAAUUAACAGAAUUUAUGGAUUUUAUGAUGAAUGCAAACGACGAUAUAACAUCAAACUAUGGAAGACAUUUACGGACUGUUUCAACUGCUUGCCAAUAGCUGCUCUUGUGGAGGGAACUAUAUUUUGCAUGCAUGGUGGAUUAUCACCGGACCUGGUAGAUCUUGACCAGCUAAGAGAAAUAGAACGCCCACUCGACGUACCUGACCAUGGGUUAAUUUGUGACUUGCUUUGGGCAGAUCCAGAUGAUGACAUUACUGGAUGGGGAGAAAAUGACCGUGGUGUUUCAUACACCUUCGGAGGUGAUGUGGUCAGAGAGAUGUUACAAAAAUUUGACUGUGGUCUUAUAGCUAGAGCACAUCAGGUAGUUGAAGAUGGUUACCAAUUUUUUGAAAAAAGAAAGCUCGUAACACUGUUCAGUGCACCAAACUACUGCGGCGAGUUUGAUAAUGCCGGGGCAGUGAUGAUUGUCACAGAGGACCUUACAUGCUCUUUCAAAAUUCUUCCUCCAGAGAAAACCAAGAAGAUAGCAGUAGAAAGCAAGAAUGGAAAGAAGUAAUGAAGUAUCAGUUUUCAUCUUAAAAGAAAAGACCCUGUAUAAUGCAUUUACACACCAAAAACUGAAAUAAAUACACAAUUGCAAGAACAUAUAUUCGCUUUAUGGAUUGGCCAGUGUAUAGAGCAGAAAACAUUCUGCUCAGAUGUUCGAUUUCUAAGGAUACUUUGAUAAAUACAUGCAUUGUCUAGAUUUUUGCAAUUCAGGCACUAAUGACUUUAAAUAAAUGUGACAUACCUUGGAUUGCUCUAAUUUGCAUGAGUUGAAUUCUGUUUAUGGCAAGUUCUUGUUUUAAGCAUAACUUUUGCAUGCAGUUUAAGAUAACUGUGGCCUAAGUUCAGGACCUGUUUGAGGUUUUCAUAUUUAGCACAGCUUGGUAAUGCUGUAUUGGGUAUGCUAUUAAUUUGUGCAGGACAUUUUGUUUAGAAAAUAUUUUUGCUGACAGGGUCUGUACACGAGGUUUAGUUAUUCUGAGUUCCUUUUCACACUAUUACAGAUGAACAAAUACUACAAAUUCAUUUAUAACAUAAAAGAUAACAGAACAAGCUAAACUCAAAUUUUCAAAAUGAAGCAGAGGAAUUUAAUCAGCUAUUUGCAAUUUAAAGAAAAAAGUAGAAUCCACAAUCUCUUAAUAACAUGCAAACAUAUUGAUCAUUUUCUUCACAGCAAUCAUCGGAUGAUCACAUUUCCUAGUUAGAUAUGUGCAAGAUGUAAGAUAGAUUUAUUUUGAGAAGAUUCAUCAGAACUUGCUACAGCUGUAAUUUAAUGAUAAGUUUAAGCACUUAACAUGUAUAUAGACUUUUUAAAAAUUGUUGAUUGGUGACAUUGCCUCUGCGCAUUAAAGAAACAAUGUGCAUGCUAAUUUUCUAUUGAAAUCAAGAACUUUUGGAAUAUUGUUUUGUUUUUGAAAGAAUGGUGACUUUAAGCUCGUGUACAUGGAUUCUUAAUAAAUGGCAGUCUUUAGCACUGCCCAUUGUGGAAGGCAGUUUAGAAACCCCUGCAGCAGUAGCAAGAACUUGGAAGAUACAAUUGUUUUCCAUGCUUGAUAGGGUUAAGAGAUCAAUGUUUUAUAUAAAAGCUUUACUCGGAUUUAAUGCAACUAUUUACAUUCCACUGGGCAAGAGAGAUGAUUUUAUGUAACUUUCUUGUUUGCACUUCCAUAAUUAGCACUCAGCAGGCAUGAUGUAUACGUACAAAAUGAGCAUAGUUUAUCUGGUUUUUAGUAAAGUAAUGAAGGUUCACCAACUAUUUUUACAUAAUUUCUAAUACUGAAAGCCAGUAAGCAUCUGAGUACUCAGGGAUGCUGCAAGAAACAAUCCCUUGCUCAACUCUUUUAAUCUUUGUGUAGAAAUGGGAACCAUGGGAAAAACAUUCUAUUUAUAUGUUUUCUUAUUUUAAAAGGUUUUGUUAUAUAUGUUUGUUACACCUAUGUUUUAGUUAAACAUAAAGCAAUACAUUGUGAGUUUUUAUGUUGUUUGUGUGCAAAAAUCUAGUAAACUUUUGAGAUUUUUGUUUUGUAUAUCUGUAUUGAUUUUUGAGAAAAUUAAAUUUGUUCUGCAGCAAAAUCACAUUUAUUUAUUUAUGAAAGAACUUUAUAUGUACCUAACACCAUUCAUAUAAAAUUUUAGAAUAUAUACCUACAGAAGGCAAAGCUACCAGACAACUAUAAAAUAUUAAGUUUCCAAAAAGAAAACAGUCAAUACCCACAGAAACAUCUCAAUCAUUUCACAAUGUUGCAAGUUUAUAUACUUCGCAACCACAACAGAGAAGCACUUCAUGUCUGUUUGACCACAAAAGAUUUGGUUUGAAGACAUACACCAUAAUUGGUGGGUGUGGCAGAGGAAUUUUUGUGCUCGUCCACCAUUUUAUAAACAAAGUUGCCAGCUCUAUGUAACAGGUGCCACAUGCAGAGAAAAAAAUAGGGAGCCCAAGAUGUGAUCUGAACCUUGGACAGCUAUCCUCAGUGUAUUGGUGACAGCUAGGUCUGGCGAUUAGCAGUUAGCAUCUACACCAUAAAAGGGUUGGUUUCCAAAAAUAUCUUUCCCUUGCAUAAAAAUAACAUUUUCAUGGGUAGAAGGACUCUGUAAGGGAAACAACUCACCCCACACUGCUUGACAUAGUGAAUGACAACAAAACUUACAAAAAAAAAAACUAAAACAUUGGAGCAAACUGAUUUGUCAUGCUUAUCUAGCUUGUUUGAAAGUCUGCUUUAACCAUGCAUUUUAAACAAACUGUUUUUCAAAAAAACACACAAGGCCAGGAAUGGAUUUCUGUAAGUUAUGAAGAUUCAUGGCACACAAUAUGAAGAAAAAAACAUGGCAACCAAAAAAUGACAAAAGACAACCAACUGUGAUUUGAAAUCAAUGAAAUAUUAGAUCUGUGAUAGAUCCAGAAUGAAAAAAUAGCUUGUUUCAAAUUGUUAAAUGUCCAUCAUAGAUAUGAAUUCCAUAAAACAUCUUAAUAAAAACAAUAUAACAUCCACAUUACAACAAUAAUUUCAAACUGCAAGUAACUUUUCUUCUUUAUCACAGAAUAUUUUUGAAGAUGCCUGAUUACGGUUUUCUGAAAACUAGCACUUGAAAUUGUUCUUAGUUUUGGACACAAAAUGCCCAAAUGUUAUAACUAGAAUUCGUUUUUGGUUUCCCCAAUCUCACUCCAGAGCACCCAGUUGUUGGUCCAUGGUGUAGAAAGCAAAUACUUAAACAAAAAAA